GGAUCCGGGUCAACACCAGUGCGGUUUUAUCAUUUUUUUAGGUUUUAAACACUCGCCCUCAAUAAAAAAGACAUGCCAACCUCCCCGACCUUUCGUCCGCCCUCGCGGAUUAGCGCAACCCUAUUGCCUUCGCCUCGCAGUGUGCUCCACCCCACCUCCUCGUCAGGACGGGCAAGCCACUAGCCCCCGGACGGUCCCGAGAUGUCCGUAGAAAAUUGCAACUUUGCAUUACUUUUUUUUUUAAAAUUUAAAAAAUUGCGUCUGCUGCCGGAAACUGGACGAAGUGGAGCGCUUUCGACAACAGGACGCGGAUAACGGCGCCUGCACCUCCGCAGCGGAGAUUCCUGUGUUUGUUCGGUUGGAGACCAGGCGCCGCUCCCCAGCGCGCCCAAUCCCUCGGCAGCGCAGUUUCUGUGUGCUACGUACAGUGUGGCGGCCUCGUUGGCCGUAUCAUAAUAAAAAGCGCGCGAUCGCCUUGCCACGUGCCCGCGCUUGCGCCAAAAUCAAGAAGCAGCGAAAAAAUGUGCCGGAAAAAUGUGCCGAAAAAAUGUGCCCAAAUAAUGCGCCGAAAUAAUGUACCAAAAUAAUGUACCCAGAUAAUGUACCCAAGUGAUCCCGUUUCUAAAUAGAAAUGACAUUCUUCGGGUACUUUCUGCAGCAUGUUCUCGGAAAAAUAUGUGAAAAGCAACUCUGCUGCGCCGAUGUCAGUGUGCACCGGGGCCCUGGGGUCUGAAUAAGUUGAUGCUGUGCCAUCUGCUGAGUUCUCGCGCCGUCUCGGUAAUUACUUACUGGCCCGUUUGCCAGCUUCUGUGUCGCAGUUGAAGUGUCACCGAUUUGCACAGCGGAACAGAGCGCUCCAACCCAGGGCGAAAAAUUAUACGCAAGGGAAAAUCGGGCGGGCGUCCGAUCUUACCUGCAAAGCGCGGACGAUGCAAGCCGCGACCCCGAAAGGGGUAGUGAACCGUCCGCCCACAUUCUGGGCCCCGAUCGUUUUUUUUUUGGUGCAAUAAAUUUCGCAAUUUUUAAAACAUAUCCCAAACACCGUCCGGGGGCUAGUGGCCUGCCCACCAUGACUCCUCGCGUCAGUCCCGAUCGAAAACGAGCAGCAGCCCGCCGCGGUCGCCCCUGCACACGGCACGGGGGAAGGAAGAAUUUUCGCUGUUCCUCACGCGCGACGAGACGAAGUUGGACCAAAACAAUGUGGUGCAGUACGCGAAAGAAAGUACUUUAUUGGGAGGACUUCGUUUUAGACGACGAUGCUUGUUGUUGUUAAUCUUUAUCCUCUUCGUUCCUGAAAAGACGAAAAAUCGAGAAUAAACCCACUUGCCAAAGUCAGGGCCCUUUUCCACUGCAAAACCUAAUAUCACAGUGACGGCCCAAUUGAGUUUGACGAAAAAGCGGAAAGAGAGGCUCGCCAAGCACGUGGCCGAGCUGCGGCGGAAGGAGGGCAUUCUGUCGCGAAAGGGCGAGAACAUACGAAUCAAAACGUAUCAAAUGCAAAUACAUCGGGGUCUGGAAAAUUGCCAGACUUGGGUAGGGAUAUCCCUGAACUCUGGAAUGGCACUGGCUGCCACGUCGUUAUGCAAGAACGCGAUCAGAUUCAGAAUAAAUUUGUUAUGCGUUUACUGCGGUCAGAUACAGAUAAUUGUCACUCAUGCAUAGCAUCGCUGACAACUCGUCAGAUCUAGAUCCAGACAUAUUUGCAAUGCAUGAAACGCAGGCCGACACAAUACAGAGCAAGCAGGUGAACGCGAGGUUUGGCGACAAGUCCAGCGACGUUAAGGUUUGCCGUGGUUUGGUUUUGCGAUGUUAAAACUCCCGGCGUUUUUUGCGAUUUUUUUCCCUUGGCGACUUUGGAACAUGAGGCGGUUCUCGAUCAGUCUUCUCUGCUUCUCUUUUCAGGUUCUGGAGAACACAUUGCUGGGGCUCCAGAGACACAAUGGGGCGCUAGGCGCAGAAGUUUCGCAGCUUCGAACUGACUACGAUGCGGUGGACCGGACGCUGAAAAGCGAAAUUGCAGCCAUGCGAGCGCUGACAAGCGAGAUACACAAGUAUUCUUGCUACUCCACUGCUUUUUAGAAGGAGACAAGGACCUUCGUUCCUUGUGGCAUGCUCAUUGUUUGAAACAAACGAGCCACUAACUUAUCAUUUGAAUGUGAAUUUUUACGUCAACCUUCUAUGCAGGACUCGAGCUCUGCUGGCACAGGCACAGAAGGAGAACAUUGACUUGCAGGCGAGACUUCGCGGUUGCCGGGUCGCGCAGGACGUUGUCGUGGAACGUUACAAAGACGUUGAGCGGCGCAAUAAAGCCAUUCGAAGCUGCAUUUCCGAGGUGAUGCGGCCCGCGCAUCUCAGUCCGAGAGCAGCUUUUUGAAGCAAGAGGGGGUUGAAGUUGAGCAUGUACGGUGUACCGUAGUACUAAAGGGCAUCGAUUAUUGAAAAACUGUUCGAUAUGAUAUCUAUGCCGCUGUUGUUCGUUCUUGUUGCAUAAUUAAUGAUCAGCUGGACUGUGAUGCCUUUUAUCUUUAUGUCAGGUAUGUUCUUAGUUUUUGUUUACACUUUCAAAAGUAGCGGACUGCCCUCCUUGCUAUGGUGGUAUGGUAGGUAGAUGUCGAAGCUCGUUCUUUUCUGCAGCACAAAAUGAAACUACUGAAGCCACUUAAUACGUAGUCGCUGCUGUACAUGUAGAGGAGAUAUUUGCAUCCUGAGAUACAUCCAUUUUUUUGGUUACACCCACGGAAAAUGCUUUUUUGUAGUCCUUUGCACGACUGCAACUGCCACAUAAAACGUUUCCCAUUUUGCCACAUGUGAGAGCCAAGGGACCACGCAGCGAAGUCGACGUAGCAGCGUUGUUUGUUUGUAUGUUUGCCGUGAAGUAGACGCAUAUGGAAUCACUGCCGGUUCAUCUUUAUGAGCAAACCCGCCCCGCC